AUGCAUAAGAGAACUCAUUUUGUACCUGGUAUUUUUGAAAAAUCCAUUCAACAUCCCACGGCUUCUUUGAUUGCGAAAGCUUCAACAGCACAAGAUGACAUUACUGGAGAUGGAACGACAUCAACUGUUCUUCUUAUUGGAGAAUUGCUCAAGCAAGCAGAAACUUACGUUUUGGAGGGUGUGCAUCCACGUCUCCUUACUGAAGGUUUUGAAUGGGCUAAUGCACGAACUCUGGAAUUGUUGGAAAAAUUCAAACAAGAGAUGGUGACUUUUGAGGUACCCAUUGACCGCAACACCUUGAUUGAAGUCGCGCGUACAUCUUUGCGUACAAAACUUCAUCACAAACUCGCCGAUCAUAUCACUGAAUGUGUUGUUGAUGCUGUGUUAGCGAUUCGUCAGGGUGACCGAGAGCCUGAUCUCCACAUGAUUGAGAAAAUGGAAAUGCACCAUGAGAGCGACAUGGAUACAACUCUUAUACGGUGA